AUGAUGUGCAAAAGAAUCGUACUGAAUUCAUACAACGUAUCAUGGAAAUUUUGCUCAACAACACCAUAUCAUAUUCAGUGGCUAACAAUCGAAGCGUUGAUGCAAAAAGAUUUUUUUAUUCAGAUUUUUCAAUACCUUGACAACGAACUUGACGGUUAUGAAAAGCAGUUGGGUAUUAAGUAUACAGAUCAAAAAAUUAAAUGGGACUUUUGGAAUGCUAUGCUUUAUGCACAGACGAUUUGUACGACGAUCGGUUACGGUCAUCUGUAUCCGUCAACAAAAACUGGUAAAAUAUUUACAAUGCUUUAUGCAAUCAUUGGAAUUCCACUUGUGCUUACAAUUCUCGAUGACUUAGGUAAAUUGUUGACAAAAUGUUUGAAGACACCAUGGUAUUUUUUCAAAUGUACUUAUAGACGUCUGUUUCGCUUCUGUUCCAAGCGAAGCUUAGAAGAGAUUAAAAAGUUGAAUGAAGCAGACAAAGAAGACCUAGAAGUAUUUGAUCUACCAAUACCGGUAGCAAUAUUUGUGGUUAUUGCAUGGAUCUUCAUUUGUUCAGCAACAUUUUGCAUCUGGGAACAUAACUGGGAUUAUUUUGUUGCCUUCUAUUUCUUUUUCAUAUCACUCAGCACCAUUGGUUUGGGAGAUAUUACACCAUCAGAACCAAAAUAUUUGCUUACUUUAUUCAUUUAUAUUAUUAUCGGUCUUUCACUCGUUUCAAUGUGUAUCAACUUAAUACAGGCUAAGAUGGAGCGAACGUAUGAAACAGGUCGUGAUCAAUUUGCAGCUCUGAAUGCUUUGUCACCCGACCACUCAGUCAAUCAACUCGAAUUUACAAAAGAAUUUGCCAGAAUUCGUAGGCAAAGUAGUUCGUUAGGCGUUCUGCGAAGUGGCAGCAGUCAUUACUUGAGUCGAGAUGCUGUUCAAGCAUUUCUCCUGAGUAAAAAGAAGACCAACAAAACCUCACAAACUGUGCUAUCGUUUCCAGCAUCAAGCACCAAUGUACAACUCACCAAAAGUAUCUCCAAUGCCAAGGUGCGCUUUUUGCCCCGUAGUUUAUCAAUUGACGAUGUUAUGCGGCUGGUGGACACCGAGGAAGGUGAUAUAUUAGUUCUUACCGAUUUACUGCGAGAAGAAAGUGGAUGGUCAGAAAGCCCCGAUAAUAGUGAACAUAAUGGUAGUCAGUCGAGUCAGAUCGCUGCAUCGAAGUCAUUUGACAAAAACAUCUCGCCUUCUGGAACAACUCUAACAUCGAUGUCUAGCCAAACACUACCCAAAAAGACAGGACUAGAGCAACAAGACUCACAACCAAGUGCAAUUCGAUGCCCUUCAAUUGGUGAGUUAGAAGCAUUAGAAGAAAUGGAGGAUAAACUAUUGCUUAGAAAAGCUGUACAGUUCAGUACAAAUCCGAUGGUACAUUUCCGAACAAGGCUAAGUUUGAUACCUGAACAACAAAGCCUUUGCGAUGACAAAGAAUUACGCGAUGUGGACAAGACGGGGGACGUGCUAUGCUCUUUAGAUUCUAAUUCUCCAAACAAGAACAAAACAUCAUUAAGGAGAAAGUAA